AGAAGCUCCGGUUCGACCCGGGCCCGGUGGGAAAGGCAGGAACCGGGAUCCGCAGGGCAGCGCCGCGCUCUGAUUGGCCCCGAGCGGGGCCGGGGGCGGUUUGAGCGGCAGCGACCGGCGCGGCGGUGGCUCCGGCACGAUGCUGCCCCUGUCCCUGUUGAAGACGGCGCAGAACCACCCCAUGCUGGUGGAGCUGAAGAACGGGGAGACGUACAACGGGCACCUGGUGAGCUGCGACAACUGGAUGAACAUCAACCUGCGGGAGGUCAUCUGCACGUCCCGGGAUGGAGACAAGUUCUGGAGGAUGCCAGAGUGCUACAUUCGUGGCAGCACCAUUAAAUACCUGCGGAUCCCCGAUGAGAUCAUUGACAUGGUGAAAGAAGAGGUGGUGUCCAAGGGCAGAGGCCGUGGUGGGAUGCAACAGCAGAAGCAGCAGAAGGGCCGUGGCAUUGGAGGUGCUGGACGAGGUGUCUUUGGUGGCCGUGGCCGAGGGAUCCCAGGCAGCGGAAGAGGCCAGCAGGAGAAGAAGCCAGGCAGACAAGCAGCAAAGCAGUGAGCUGCCCGGGGCUGCGAUGCCCAUAGGGUUUCCACCUCAGGAUUGCCAUGUGUUCAAAUGUGUCCCCUUCCUCCUCCUCCUCCGCCCAUUGAGCCAGGUCCAAAUCAUGUCCUUUGGAAGCCCCUCUCUCAACUCCACGUGGUUAAAAAGUGGAGUUAUUUACUCCUUGUUGUAGGCAAAUCAUUGGAUUUAUUUAAACUGCCCCAUUCCCAGUUCGGGAGCUUUGGUUCUGCUGCUCCUGGGAGUGCAAAUACUUUAGUUUUCCAGGUUUCAUUGGAAGGAUGAUCCUGGGUCCCUGGUACCGGAUCAAAGGCAAACAAAGGCCUUCUGGAUGGUUUGGAAUCUUUCUUUUUGUAUUGAGGCUUGUUGCGUUUGUACCAGAUGCAAGUGCUUUGGGUUGAAAACACCCAACUCCAGGACCUUGUAUCUUUAUGUGAGUAGUCUGAAGGGUUUGGGGUGGUUUAGAAACAACCAACCUGGAAGCUACUGAUUGCUUGUCUUCCUGGCCAGUCCCUUCUGUCUUUCUCCUAUGGCUUAAGGCAGGACUUGGGACAAAGGUUCCUUUGGCCUUCAAGGGUUGUUCCUAAGAGAACUUAGUGAUAAAUGAGCAUCUCCCAGUGAGUGUGUGGCUGAGUUGACUUCAGAGGGAAGUUCCCUUGGAAGGAAAAGGCUUUUCUGGGAUGUUUGUGUCCUCCCAACUCUUAUUUCCCUCUUACUUCCCUUAUCCCCACACACACAGUCCCGAGCACUGAGAUGUCUCCAGCUCAUUCCCAACACCUGAUGAUUCCAUUCCCUCCAGCUCCUUUUCCAGUCCCUGUGGACACAGAGCAGGUUGUGAGUGUGUCCCAGCCACAGGUUUGGAAAGCUCCUGGGAAUUCCCAGCUCAGGUUGUUCCUGUCUUCCAGCCCACGGGUCACAGGGUCCCAUGAGGAAAACACACCCACAGAGCAUCCUGGCUGAUGGGAAUGGAAUGUGGGGAAGGGUCACAGGAGGGGAGGAGAAAGAGGCUCUGGCCUUGCCUCUGCCCCUUGAAUGGGUGAAAAAGCUUCAUUUUAGGGGAAAAGCUGAUCUUGUGACUUGCUCUGAGGAGGUUUUGGGGUGGGUUUUGUUGCUUUGGGGGGGUUGCACACCUGAUCCCCCCCAUUGGAGCCUGUUCUCUGCCACUGCUCCGAGGAGGAACAUGCUUUUAGAGACUUAUUUUUUUACUGUUUCUAGAACUCGGUGCUGAGCAGGAAUAAACCAACCUCUGCAAUCGGU